UUCUUUUUGAGAUGAGGGCAACAGGAAGAGUAACCGGAUGGUGAUUAAUGAGAGAAAAGGUGUAUGGAACAUCUUCUAGCCAGGGCUAGUGAGCUACAGGGAAAGUGCUGACCACUUGAAAGAUGCCAUUGGAAAUGCGGAAGAAGAUAAAUGAAGAGUAUGAGAAAGAAAAAAUAUAUAAGAAGCAAAAAGGUAAAUAUGAGAAGCUGAAGGCAGACCAUGAGAAGCUAAAGGCAGACUAUGAGAAGCUAAAGGCAGACUAUGAGAAACAAAAGGAGGAAUGUAAGAAGCAAAAAGCUGAAUAUGAGAAGCUAAAGACAGUCUAUGAGAAGCUAAAGGCAGACUAUGAGAAGCAAAAGGAGGAAUGUAAGAAGCAAAAAACUGAAUGUGAGCAGCCAAAGGAAGACUAUGAGAAGCUAAAGAUAGACUAUGGGAAGCAAAAGGACGAAUGUAACAAGCAAAAAGCUGAAUAUGAGAAGCUGAAGGCAGACUAUGAGAAACUAAAGGCCGACUAUGAGAAGCUAAAGGCAGACUAUGAGAAGUUGAAGGCAGAUGAUGAGAAGCUAAAGGUAGACUAUGAGAAACGAAAGAAGGAAUGUAAGAAGCAAAAAGCAGAUUAUGAGAAGCUGAAGGCAGACUAUGAGAAGCAAAAGGAGGAACAUAAGAAGCAAAAAGCUGAAUAUGAGAACCCAAAGGCAAACUAUGAGAAACAAAAGGCAGACUUUGAGAAGCUGAAGGCAGACUAUGAGAAGCUGAAGACAGACUAUGAAAAUCUAAAAGUAGACUAUGAGAAGCUGAAGGCAGAUGGUGAGAAGCAAAAGGCAGACUAUGAGAAGCAAAAGGAGGAAAGCAAGAAACAAAUAUCUGAAUACAAUAAGCUGAAGGCAGAUUAUGAAAAGCAAAAGGCAAAUUAUGAGAAGCUGAAAGUAAAUUAUGUGGAGCAAAAGGAAGAACAUAAGCACAAAGCUGAAUAUGAGAACCCAAAGGCAGACUAUGAGAAGCUAAAGGCAGACUAUGAGAAGCAAAAGGCAGACUAUGAGAAACAAAAGGAAGAAUAUAAGAAGCAAAAAGCUGAAUAUGAGAAGCUGAAGACAGACUAUGAGAAGCAAAACACAGACUAUGAGAAUCUAAAGGCAAACUAUGAGAAAUUGAAGGCAGACUAUGAGAAGCAAAAAGAGGAAUGUAAGAAGCAAAAAUCUGAAUAUGAGAAGCUGAAAACAGACUAUGAAAAGCAAAAGGCUGAUUAUGAGAAGCUAAAGGCAGACUAUGAGAAGCAAAAGGAGGACUGUAAGAAGCAAAAAUCUGAAUAUGAGACCCCAAAGGCAAACAAUGAGAAACAAAAGGUAGACUAUGAGAAGCAAAAGCCAGACUAUGAGAAACUGAAGGCAGACUAUGAGAGGCAAAAGAUAGACUAUGAGAAGCUAAAGGUAGACUAUCAGAAGCUGAAGGCUGAUUAUGAGAAGCUAACAGCAGACUAUGAGAAGCAAAAGGAGGAAUUUAAGAAUCAGAAAAUCGAAUUUGAGAAGCUGAAAGCAGAUAAUGAGAAUCUAAAGUUGGUCUAUGAGAAUCUAAAGGCAGACUAUGAGAAGCUAAAGGAGGAAUGUAAGAAUUGGAAAACAGAAUAUGAGAGGCUGAAGGCAGAUGAUGAGAAGCUAAAGGCAGACUAUGAGAAGCAAAAGGAGCAAUGUGAGAAUCAGAAAACAGAAUAUGAAAAGCUGAAGGCAGAUUAUGAGAAGCUAAAGGCAGACUAUGAGAAACUAAAGAAAGAUUAUGAGAAACAAAUAGCAGACUGUGGGAAGCAAAAGGAGGAAUAUAAGUAUCAGAAAACAGAAUAUGAGAAGCUGAAGGCAGACUACGAGAAACUGAAGGAAGACUAUGAGAAGCUAAAGGAGGAAUGUGAGAAGCAAAAAGCUGAAUAUGAGAAUCAGAAAACAGAAUAUGAGAAGCUGAAGGCAGACUAUGAGAAGCUAAAGGCAGACUAUGAGAACCAAAAGGCAGACCAUGAGAAGUAAAAUAAAGAAAAUGAGAACAAAAAGAGUCAGAAAAGGAAAAGGAAACAUUUUGAAAUAAAAUUUUAAGAUUGUCUUCCCUUUCCUCAUUGAAGGACUAAAAACUGUAGUUUCCAAAAUAAUCUAAGAUCCUUUGACAUCCAGAAUUCUCUCACAUCUAGUUUCCAUCUAGUUUUGGCUGAAUUCAUAACCAUACAAUUCUUGAAGAAUGUGGAGCCCAGUGGUUGGAAGUCUUCAUGGGCUAUUGAUUCCUGACCUUCAUUUUCUAACUAGAUUCCAAGUCUCCUGUAGGAUCACUCCAUCAUUAACCCAACUCCAACCAGGCAGUUUGAGCAGAAAACAAAAUAAAGUAUAAGACCUGAAAAUUAAAGGUUACAAGAAGGAAUACAGAGAUGAAAGAUUAGUUAUGCAGAUGCAGUACUUCUUAAUAGUACUUUGGAAAAGUUUCAAAUAUAAGCCAUUCCUUAUUUUUAAAGCAUCCUUUACAAAU